AUGGGGAAGGUUAUCUUCUACGAGGACAGGAACUUCUCCGGACGUCGCUUUGAGUGCAGCAGCGACUGUGCAGACCUGAUGUGUCAGCUGAGCCGCUGUAGCUCCAUCCGGGUGGAGAGCGGCUGCUUCAUGAUCUACGAGAAGCCCAACUACAGCGGGAACCAGUACUACCUGAGGAGGGGCGAGUACCCCGACUUCCAGCACUGGAUGGGGGUCAACGACUCGGUCAGCUCCUGCCGCUCCAUCCCAACGGACCCCGGUUCGUUCAACGUGCGGCUAUACGAGCGGAUUGAGUUCGGUGGUCAGAUGAUGGACCUGGUGGAUGACUGUCCCAGCGUCAUGGACCGAUUCCACAUGAACGACAUCUUUUCCUGCAACGUCACAAAUGGAAACUGGCUUUUCUAUGAGCACCCAAACUACCGCGGCCGGAUGUACCUAAUCAGACCCGGAGAGUACAAGAGGUUCAGUGAAUGGGGCGGCAGGAGCGCCAGAGUUGGAUCCAUCAGACGCAUCAUGGACUAUUGACCUGCUCUGGAGGGUGUUUUGGAAAGACUUUAUGUUGCGGUAACAGCCUAUGAGACUAUAGUAAACUAGUGUACCUGUGUUUUACUGACUGACUGUCCUGAAAAGCCUUAUAAAUAUUACUCAGAAUGUUCUUUGAUGUUGAGAUUUGGACUCAAAAAAGGAACUCAUCAUGAAACACUCACCAUCAACAGCACAAUCAACGCAUUUCUUGAGUUGUUUAUCAUCUCUCACCACUGUAAUAAAGCAAUUGUAAAAUGGA